AUGUCGAAGAACCGAUUGCAAGAGAAGGCUCAGAAAAGCCAUUCAAAUUUUCCCUCGUAUUCAUCCACCCGGAUAGGAACGGAUCAUGCCCCAAAAUUCAAAGCAACCGUCAACUUCAAAGGAAACACUUUCGUAAGUCCUACCUUUUGCUCUACUCUUAGAGAGGCAGAGAAUGCUGCAGCAGAAGUAGCAUUGAACACAGUUGAAAAAGGAGGGCAUAAGGCAGCAGUACUGGUGAGAAGCAAAAACCGUAGUGCAUACAUGUUUAAGAACCGAUUGCAAGAGAAGGCUCAGAAAAGUCGUUUAAAAUUUCCCUCGUAUUCACACACCCGGAAAGGACAGGAUCAUGCCCCACGAUUCAAAGCAACCGUCAACUUCGAUGGAAAAACUUUUGAAAGUCCUACCUUUUACCCUACUCUUAGAGAGGCAGAGAAUGCUGCAGCAGAAGUAGCAUUGAACACAGUUGAAAAAAGAGGGCAUAACCUAGCAUUGGCCGCAGUACUGCUUUUUCUUUCUUUCUCGGGCUCUGGAAAAUUGGUAUCUCAGCCUCUGGAAAUUGAGCUACCCCCAGGAAGUGAUUGUAUAUGUAUUGAUGUGGGUUUGGAUGUUGGUAAUGGAAAGUAG